GGAUUCUACUCUUUCUUCAACAGGUCGAAGGAUCGCAAGCGGGCAUAAAGACAAUAUAUGCCUAUGCUGACAGUUUUCAUUUUUUCUCCUUGAAGAAGGAUGUGAGAAAGCAAGUUGUCUUCGUGAACAACCAAGCUUCAACAACUUUGUUCACCACAACCACACAACAAGAGUCACUCAACCAUCUAAAUCUAACGAGUAUCUAACUACGAUCUAACAACAAAAAAUGGCCGAAUCCUGCUGUCCUCCAGGCUCCUGGCCUUUGCUCGUCGCAGAUAAGGACUACGAACCAAAAGGCCUGCUAUCAGUGAUCGACCAGGACAUACCAUUAUGAUCGGCUUUUAUCCACCAGCUUUCUCAGCAUCUCGAAGAUCGGAUACACUUUUCCCAGUGGGCAGGUUCUGAGGGCUUAGGGAAUAGGCACUGGGCUUAGGGCUAGGGAAAAGGUACCGAGCUGGGAUUUUUGGGAAGACCGAAAUACAAGCGCACUCUAAUGCCAAUAUACGUGUCCGGCGACGCGGCAACGGGCAAGGGAGUUAUCGUGUUGCCAGAAAUUUUUGGGUUUGAAGGAAGGCUGAAGAACAUAUGUGACACCAUUGCGGAGAAUGGGUACUAUCGCCAGUACUUUGACUUUCUGAGGACGCUCAAGGCGCUCAUCUUCAAGAAGUUCAUAUGGUUCUGGUAACGAUCACUCCACGACUCGCUUCUUAGAUAGCCUCUACCGAGCCAGCCGUAUUCUUGACAAGAAUACUGAGAGGACUUAGUAUUUAUAAUUACCAGAACCACCAACUACCAGAGCAUGUAGUUCUCGUCUUGUUCCUGGUAUCUUGUUCUAGCUCGAGUUCUAGAUGACCUCGUGCUCGUACCCGUUUUGUCCACGACCAGGUAUUUCGUUGUAAUGCCUGAUUGUCACCGUGGGGAUUCGGCGAAGGGCAAAGAAAAUAUACCAGCUUGGGUCAAAGAAUGUGACGAUAAGAAUCCAGUAACGAAAGAUUUGGCCAAGGUAUGCGUAUAUGUUCUUGUUUUUUGGCUGAGGAAUGAGUAGUGGUCUCCACAACAUUUACAACACGACCUAGACCUACAAUUACAAGAACUCGAACAUAAUACAUAGGUAGUGUCGUAUUUCGAGUCGAAAGGAGUUCCAGCUACAUCCUUGUCGGCCAUAGGACAUUGUUGGGGCACAUGGGCAUGGGUUCAGGGAGUGGCAGAAGGCGACCUGAAGCUGAGGUGCGGACUUGGUCCUCACCCUUCGAUCAUUAUGCAUGGGUUAUUUAUUCUUCAAGCGCAUUUCAUCUUUCUAGUAGACGUAGGUCUACUAGAACGCAGAAGCGUUUUUGGUUACUGGUAUAAAUGUACAACUUAGACGUACGACGAGCAGGAUAUUCUCAUCGUUCUUCUAAUCUUCAGUUAGAGCAGUUUGCUUUCGGACGCAGUCAAGAAGACAUGUGCAAGAAAGCAGUGGAGAAAGCAGGAGGUGCCUUGCCAGUUCUUUUGAUCACUUUAUGAUGGGACGCGCACGUCGCAGUACAACAUCAAUUCAUUGAAUGUCAAAAAUCGUCUGUAUUCUCUUGCAUUUUGAUUCGUACUUGUGGUUGUGUCACGACAGACAUCACAUUCACAGUAGACUUGACGUCUACUUCUUAUGAUUGCCAAAAUUCAAAAAAAAAUCAACAAGAAGAACAACCCAGCUCUACCUACUCCUAUCCCUAUCCUCGUCUUUCAUGCCACGCUGGCAACGAUCCUCCGAACGUGAAGGCUGGAGGUGAACUAGUAGAAAUUCUCAAAGCCGAAACCUUCGACUUCCCAGAACAGCAGCAUGGGUGGUUCUCACGUGGCGACGUGUCCAAUCCAGAAGUAAAAGCAGCAGUUGAGAAGACGAUGACCAUGGUUGUGGAGUUUUUGAAGAAACAUCAUUGAAUUUGAAGUAGAGGUCUUUCGGUUUCGGGGGGAGCGUAUCUUCACGCAACCGCGGUUAGAACGAAGUAAGAGAGCAGAAGGUGAUCGUGGAGCUGCAGAAGAGCUAUAUUCAACGAAAUUAAGCAUGGCUUCGUCAGAAAACGCGCAAUGGCGGUUGUGUUUUCACCAAAACAAAGACAUUGAUAUUGUCUUGUGUCAUAAUGUUAGUCUGCUCCAAGAAACAGAAACUAUUUCAACGCAAUGAGACGACGAGGAAAAGCUACGCAAUAGUGAACAAGAUCCUGAGCAUUGAAUGAAUGUUGUUGAGGCUUGUCCUUGUUCUUCUCUCUAGAAGCCAU